AUGGGAAAAUGGUUACGUUCUUUGGAAUUAUAUCUAGCUUCGGAGGAUAUAACAAAUAUUGUUAAGAAAAGGAACAAACUUCUACAUCUUGGAGGAUCGCAGCUUCAAGAAGUAGCAUAUAAUCUUCCAGGAGCAUUAGAAAUCUUCGAUAAAGACAUAAAUAACGACGUUUUCAAAACCCUUGUUGAAAAACUGACCGAUUAUUUUUCACCAAAACAGAACUCAACUUUCGAACGGCACAUAUUCAGAAACAUCAAACCUGAACAAAAUGAAAACUUUAGUAAAUUUGUUCUUAAAAUCAGGAACCAAGCGAGCAAGUGUUCAUUUGGAAAUUCGGCACAAGAAUCGAAUGAAAUAAAUAUUAAAGACAAGAUAAUUGAUAGUUGGGCACCUAUAGAUUUGAAGAAGAAACUGCUGGAAAAAGAAAGAUCACUAGAUGAAGUACUCAACCUAUGCCAAAUUCACGAACAAAUUGGUAGUCAGUCUAAAGCUAUGGAUUUAGCUGACACGGGACCUAGUACAUCAUUCGGUGUCAACAAAAUUGAACCCUUCAACAACGACCGUGGUACUCACUGUACAAGAUGUGGAAAACGCAACCAUUCUGUACCUUCAAAAGAAUGCCCUGCUAAAAAUUCCAAAUGUAAUAAAUGCGGGUUUGUAGGCCACUAUGCAUUUCUAUGCAGAACCGACCUACAAAGGAAACGGUUUUCUUCUAACAGAAAUUCUUCACAUGAACCUCAAAACAAACGGAGGAGGGCAAGUUCUAGGGUUAACCGUAUAGAGGAAGAAGAAACAGAAAUGGAAGGGACAGUUGGCAUUAGAAAUUUCCAAUGCUUCAAGGUGUCAGGUAUAUGUCCAGAAGACCAGAAUGAUGACCUUAUAGAAUGCAACAUAGGAGGUGUACCUAUCACCGUAUUGAUAGAUUCAGGCUCGAAAGUGAAUAUAAUAAAUGGUGGUGACUGGGAAUCGUUAAAGAAAAUGGAAGCUGUAACAUGGGACAUCAACCCUCAAUCCCAACAUUCCCUCAGAGGAUACGCAGCGGGAGAACCUCUGGACGUCAGUCACACGUUCGAAACAACAGUGAGUUUACAGGGUAAGCACGAAAUAAUUACAAACUUUUAUGUUGUAGAACAGGGAGACAUCUCGAUUCUAGGUAAAGAUGUCGCAAAACGAUUAGGUAUCCUGAAAUUAGGCUUGAACAUUAACCACAUCGAGGAAAUAAAAUCGUUCCCUAAGAUUAAAAAUAUCAAAGUCAAAUUGACAAUCAAUUCUCAAAUCAAACCUGUUAAACAACCAGUCAGAAGAGUCCCAAUUACUUUAGAGGCUAAAGUAGAGAGAAAACUAAAAGAAGCACUUUUGUCUGAUAUCAUAGAGAAAGUUACUGAACCAAGUGCAUGGAUCUCACCCAUAGUAGUGGUUUUGAAACCCAACGAUGACAUCCGCAUUUGUGUGGAUAUGCGCCGUGCCAAUGAAGCAAUUCUGAGGGAGAAUUACCCAAUUCCAACUUUCGACUCUUUCAUGACUAAACUCCGGGGAGCAAAGUUUUUCUCUCGACUUGAUUUAGCCAAUGCAUACCACCAACUUGAACUUGAUGAGGAAAGCCGCCCUAUUACUACUUUCAUUACCCACAAAGAAAAAGAACAUGAUUACUGCCUGAAUAACGUACUAGAGGUAUUCAAGGUAAACAAUGUUCUCCUAAACGAAGAGAAAUGUAUAAAAAAGGUCAAAGAGCUUUAUUUUCUCGGCCACAAGCUCUCCGACAAAGGAAUCGAAGCAGACCAUGCGAAAAUAAAAACAAUAUUGCAGUUCCGACCACCGACUACAAAAGAAGAAACAAGAAGCUUUCUUGGACUCGUCACCUAUCUAGGGAAGUUCAUACCAGAUCUGGGAACCACAACGGAACCACUCCGGAGGCUGAUUAGAGAAAACCAGAAGUUUGAAUGGUGUCAAGUCCAGCAAGAAAGUUUUAACAAACUAAAAAAAUCGCUGGCGACUCUACCGAUAUUAUCAUACUUUGAUCCUCAGCUGAGAACCCGUCUAGUAGCAGAUGCUAGCCCUGUGGCACUGGGAGCUGUACUUUUACAGUUUAAUGAACAAAGAACACCACAAGUUAUAUCGUUCGCUAGUAAAAGUCUUUCGGCUACAGAAAAACGCUAUUCGCAAACGGAAAAAGAAAGCUUAGCUCUCGUCUGGGCCGUGGAGCGUUUCCAUUAUUAUCUAGCGGGUUUGGAAUUUGAAUUAGUUACGGACCACAAGCCUUUAGAGGCAAUUUUCAAACCAUCAUCGAAGCCACCAGCUCGAAUCGAAAGAUGGGUUCUCAGGCUACAGGCUUACAAAUUCAGAGUUAUCUACCAAUCGGGGAAACUAAAUAUAGCCGAUUCAUUAUCAAGAUUAUGCCAACUCGAUGAAGAGCCAUCGUUCGACAAGGAAAACGAAUAUCACGUCCGUGCCCUGCUUGAAAUUGACUCACCAGCAGCUAUGAAUAUUAGCAAAAUUAUAACCGAGGUAUUACAAUUAGCCCACGAGGGGCAUCCGGGAGAGACGGUGAUGAAAAGGAGACUGAGAGCUAAGGUUUGGUGGCCAUUUAUGGACAGAGAAGUCGAGAAAUUUGUAAAAAAUUGUAGAGGCUGCUUAUUAGUUACAAUUCCGGAUAAACCACCACCGAUGAAAAGGCAUAAAUUCCCGGAAGGGCCGUGGCAAUGUGUAGCAAUAGAUCUUAUGGGACCCUUGCCAAAUCAAGAUCAACUCUUGGUCAUAAUAGACUACUAUUCAAGGUACCAAGAAAUAAAAUUUCUCAGAACGACUACCUCCGCUGUCAUUAUAAAUCACUUGUCAGAGAUAUUUUGUCGCCUAGGAAUACCAAGAUCUAUUAGAGCGGACAACGGGCCCCAAUUUGCCAGUCAAGAGUUCAAGAAUUAUUGUUCACACAAUAAUAUUGAAUUGAUCCACACACCACCAUAUUGGCCUCAAGCAAACGGCGAGGUAGAAAACAUGAAUAGGGCUAUAUUAAAGAGAUUACAAAUAGCUCAGGCAAAUAAACAAAAUUUUAAAACGGAACUUCAAAAAUUUACAAUGAUGUAUAAUGUAACGCCACAUGGAACCACCGGUAAAUCACCAUCAGAACUGAUGUUCAACAGAACCAUUCGUGACAAAAUCCCAUCUAUGGCAGAUCUAGUUGUUGAGCCGGUAGACGAAGAAGCGCGCGAUAAUGACAUGGUGAAUAAACAAAAAGGAAAGGAAAUGGAAGAUUCAUCAAGACGAGCAAAAAUAAUCGAAAUAAAACAAGGUGACAAAGUGUUAGCGAAGAAUAUGAUAAUUCCCAACAAACUGAUACCGAGAUUCAAUAACGAAGAGUUCACUGUAGUGGAAAGAAAGGGAAAUGAAGUAACCCUUUCAAGUGAAGAUGGCCAGAUAGUAAAAAGACACGUUAGCCACUUGAAGAAACUGCCCGAACCAAUACAGGGGUGCGAUGAAACUGAUAUUUCCAGAAACAAACCAGAUCUUAGGUCAGAAUCGCCAAAUCCCAUUACACAUCCCUUAUCUCCGAAGCUUAUCAACGAAAGUGAACCAGAGAAGGAAAUAUCUAAAGUAUCAGGAAAGCUGCCGUUACUGAAGUUGAAAAAAAUGGAGGGAAUGUGGCACUGUACAAGCUGA